CUUUAUUAAUUCAUGUUUCUGUCAGGACCAGAACUCCUAUCCUGCUCCUCCACACGGCCCGGGUCCCGCCAACAACAUGCCGUCUGCGCCCGGAAACAACGCCAUGGCGACCCAGCCGGGGGCAAACGCCAUGGCGGGUAACCACAGCAACGCAGCGUACCUGAGCAACCAGGCGGCGGCGGUGGCGGCGGCGCUGAAACAGCAGCAGCAGCAGCAACAACAGCAGCAGCAUCAACAGCAGAUCCUGGAGCAGCAGAAGCAGCAGUACAUGCAGAGACAGCAGCUGAUGGCCGAACAGGAGAAGCAGCGGCAGCAGGACCAGCAGCUGCAGAGACACCUGACCCGACCUCCCCCACAGUACCAGGACCAGCCGGGACAGCCGGCCAAUCAGAACCCUUUCCCACAGCCACCAGUCAACCAGUUUACAGGUAGGAACACCAUGUCCAACAUCGCACUCCAGCGCGCGAACAUGUCCGACAUCGCGCCCCAGCGUGCAGACAUGUCCGCAAGUCCACUCCAGCGCACGGACAUGUCAGACUGUCUCCAGAGCGGACAUGUCCGACAUCUCGCUCAGUUUGGACAUGUCCCACAGUCCCCAGUGCGGACAUAUCCAACAUCCCGCUCCAGCGCAUGGACAUGUCCAGCA